ACGUGAACAAAUGCACUGGCAGCAUGGGGGACACGUGCGUUUCAUGCAAAAUAGCAUCCUGAGCCGGCGUUACCCCAAACGAACAAAAGAUUUAUAGGAAAGCGGUCUUAAAUGAACCCGGAAUUAUUAGAACUGAAAAUGAAACGAGUUGAGUCACUGUCGCAACUUGUUAGUUGCAAUAUUUAGUCUUGCCUUCUUCCAAGGAGAAGAAAUUAGCUGCUGUUUGCCCGAUAAAGGAGACAUUUGCAGAAUUUUCAACUAAGUUUAACAGAUGUCCAUUGAAGCUAUGAACCGCAAAAACGGGGUCUACCUCAAAACUUUUAUGUUAGCCUUCGAUACCAUAAAGAAUCUCGUCGCCAAGUAUUUAUCAGUUCGACGUUGCCACGACUUGAACGCAUAAGGACACAGCAUUAACCUGAGCAAAAGAGGAGUCGAUCGGUGUGAUCUACAAAAUUCAAUCUUCAGAAAUGGAUUUCUCCAUGAACAAUAAUUCCCUCGACCCGACUCUUCUGAUAACUGAAAAACUUAUCCACGAAAAGCAAUUGCCUGAGCUGAUUGGGCCAGUAAAGUGGAAAGACCUGGCACGAGUGCUUGGCUUCAGCGAAACUAACAUCGACGAGAUCCAAAUUGAGAAGGAGUGUUGCCCCAAAGAAUGCUGUAUUGCGGUCCUAGUACGGUGGAUUCGUCGAAAGGGACGAGAGGCAAUUGUUGCAGAGCUGGCAGAGGCCUUGAUUAAGAUAGAACUUAAAAACGUGGCUGAUAUAUUACUGGGUCCGAUCAAUGAUAGAAGAGCCAUCUCUAUUGAAGUUAGAGGGACGAUCAAGGUAGACGAUGCAAACCAGAUCAUAUUGGGCAACGACACUUCUGGAAGGUCAACGUUCUUUGUGUGGGAAACCAAAACAAAAGAAUUUUAUACAUCUUUAAAGGAAAUCAAACACUAUAUAAAUACUAUCGACCAGUUUAUAGGAAAUGUACCCAGGCAAACAGAACAAGAUCAAGUCGUGGUUGAAGAUCUUAACUGCAAAGUUGACCAAAUUUCCGAGAACUUAGAAAAACUUCAAAAGACACUCUCAGACAUAAAAUCCAGUUUGAACAUGUCUGAGUUGAAAGAAGAAACUUUAACCAUGCAAAGGUUGGAGUUCAUCGAAAGACAGAGCAGAACAUUAGAGGAAGUGUACACUAAAGUAACAAGAAUGACAAGCCAAGCUUGCGCAUGUGACGAGUUCGUUAGGAGAAAGUUUUAUGACUUUACUUAUUACAACUUGAAAGCCGUUCACAAUGAUCUGAACUCUCGUGUUGCGGACCUGAAGUUAGCGGACACAAACUUUACAAAGGAAGAAAAUGAAAAGCUUCAAAUUCUGCUGGCAGACCAAGAAGGAAGAGAAAAACAGGUUGCAGACUUGGAAGCAACUCGGACGCGGCUAUUCUCAGCUAUUCUUGGCUCCCCAGCUGAGGAAGAACCGAGGAUAUCUCCAUAUUCAACAUCUGAGAGACGAAACUCGGCGCCAUCUAUUCCAGUGCAGAUACCAAGAGAAGAUACAGAUGCGGUGUUGUCGAGGAAAUCCAGCAAGAUCAAACGGACCAAGACAUGGAGUAUUUUUGGAGGCAGGAGGAAGAGCAAUGAAAAUACGUGCAAUCUUGUUUCCUAUUCUAAAAAGGCUCCGGAGGAUUCUUGACUCCAAAGGAAGGUCUUCAGUAAAAAGUUGAAGGUCACAUGUCGUUAUGCAUUAUUCCAUCGAAACUAUGUACACUCGUUAUACCCCAUGAAAGGUUUUUGUUUCAUGUCUAUAAAAGUCUCUCGAGGACUUGACCAAGCUACAGCUAUGCAAAACGGAGCCUCUACCAUCUUUGCCAAAGAGGCAAUUUCUACUAUUUAUCUUAUUGGUGGUUAAGCAAGCAAAGUCUGCAAGCUGACCUAAAAGAAGUGAGUUUUGAGCAUUCAUGCUUUUAUGAUAUAAUAGGAAGAAUUAUAAACAUAGUAUAACGGUGCGUUGCUUUGUUGCUCCUUUUCUAGCAUAGCAUAUCAUGGAUAAUUCAAAGUGAGCCAUGUUUCACAUUGAUAUUGUUUUUUGUUUAUGUUACUUUUUAAGUAAGUCACUAUUUUAAUUUAACUAGAUAUAUAGGUAGAUGGAUAGAUACUUUAUCAACGUGUACAGUUUCGAAAUAUCUUUAGAGGCAAGUUAAAUGUUUAGUGGAACUGAUAAAUAGUGUCAUCACUAUUGUUAUCAAUAUUAAUGCUAUUUUAAUUUAUUGUUAUCAUCAUUUUAUGGCACUAGGACUCAGAUUGUAAAGAUAUUUCUUUUCAAAAAACUACUAAAGAUAUCUUUAGAGGGAAGUUGAAUGUUUAGCUGGCAAACAUUUGAGAAGACGUUGCGAUUUUUUGGAUAAACUUUUAAAACCGGGGCCGCAGAAGAAAACGGCAAAUAAAAAUUGGUACAUGCUUUAACUUUAAACAUCACAAGGCUUAUAUAAACGUAAAGUGUAAAAUAUUUUAGUGUAGAAUAGUAAGAAUGCAAAAUAUGAAUAGUAAGCUCAGUGGAUCGAGGCCUGGAGACUGUCAACAUUAUGAAAACUACGAUUUCAUUUCAUAACAAUUAGGUCAGGUUUUACAAAAUAAGUGUUAGAUUGUGUUCCAAAUUUCUAGUCAUAUAAGCAUACCUCGAACACUACACAACCGAUAUGUACAUCAAAGCUGAUCGGGUGUGUUACAGGUAAUGAAUAAAUAUAACAUAAGAAACAUAGUGAUAGUGGAAAUUUAAAAAAAAAAAAAAAA